AUGUCUGCGCCAGGCGGGGCCCCGAGCCCAGCUCCCCGAAGUGGAAGUAUGGGGCCCGGUCCAGGUGGGAUGUCGAUGCCUCCUCAACAACCCAUGACCAACACCGGCCCUGUGACGCCUGGCCCCCCUGCUCCGCCGCCGCCGCCGCCGGGGGGUCCAAUGUCGCAGCAAAAUCUCAAUCAAAUAGUCAUUGACUAUUUGGCCAAGAAAGGCUAUAGUCGCACAGAGGCUAUGCUGCGCAUAGAAUCGGCGCAUCAAGAGAUUGAUGGCCGCCCGCCUAUGCCCCCUCUUGGCGAAGAUGCGCGUCCUAAGUACCGGCUCGGCUUCGAUCUGCUCAAGGUCUGGGUUGAAGAUAACUUGGAUCUGUACAAGCCUGAACUCAGACGUGUGCUGUGGCCGCUCUUUGUCUACACCUUCAUCAACAUGGUGUCCUCGUUUAAGCCCCAAGAGGCGAAACAAUUCUUCGACAUGAACAAGAACCUCUUCUUGCCGGAGCACACAGAAGAUGUUCGCGCUUUGGAGCCAAUCAGUCUCCCAGAACAUGUUCAGGACAACGCUACUGCCAAGCUCUAUAGAACUAACAAGUACCGCUUGGUCUUGAGUAACCCGGCAUUCUCAAACCUGAUGCAAUUCUUGGAGAGCAAGCAGAAGGAGGGUGGGUCUGAUAUGACUGCCAUCCUGAGCAGUUACUGUACCAUUAUCACAAAAGAGCGCACUUCGGACGACCGAUUUAGUUUCGCCGCGAUGCUUGGCCAAAGUGAUGGCACCCAGACCUUUCCCAGCGAAGAUGAGGGUAUUCCUGGUCACCACCCCGGGUCUGCUUACACCGGAGAUAACCCGAACAUGGCCGGAACCUUGCCUAGACUGAAGCUUGGAAAAUUACCACUUGAGUCGACCCUGGAGACUGAUGUACGCGGCGAGCUCGCGGACGAAGACUUCAAGCAUCCUCCUGGCCCGGGCCAAAACACUUUGAUCCAAGAGUUUGAGCAGAUGAUCAAGAAAGAGGAUGACGAAGAGGCGCCUACUCGCGCUGAUAUUCCCUAUCCCCCAUCAACCGCUCGAGAUGUCGCGAUCGAAGUUCAAAGGGUCAAAGAGAACCGCGACAGGUUUAGGAUCGAAGGUAGAACCGGUGGUGUUGGGCCGGCCGUUAGUGUAUGCAUGUUCACAUUCCAUAAUACCUACGAUGGCGUCAACUGCCUGGACUUCUCCGAUGACCUUAUGCUCGUUGCGGCUGGUAUGCAGGAAUCUUAUAUUCGGGUCUGGAGCAUGGAUGGGAAGAAAAUCCAGUCAACGUACGACAAUGUGGAUGAUGCGCCCUCAAAUUCUCGUCGCCUGAUAGGGCAUGCUGGACCUGUCUACUCUGUAGCAUUCGCGCCUUCUAUUACGCGUGCCGACAAUGCCAUUGCGCCGACUAAUGCCCGUUGGUUGCUCUCUUCAUCAGCCGAUCGAACCAUCCGUCUCUGGUCCCUGGAUCUGUGGCAAUGCAUGGUAGUUUACAAGGGCCACGAUCAGCCCGUUUGGGAUUUGCAGUGGGGCCCAUUCGGUCACUACUUCGUGUCUGGUGGCCAUGACAAGACCGCUCGUCUCUGGGUCACCGACCACAUCCGUCAACAACGUAUCUUCGUCGGACACGACCAGGAUGUCGACUGCGUCUGCUUUCACCCCAACUCGGCGUAUAUCUUCACCGGUAGCUCCGAUCACACCGUGCGCAUGUGGGCCGUGACUACAGGAAAUGCCGUCCGUAUGUUCACUGGCCACACAGGAAACAUUACAGCUCUGUCUUGUAGCCGUGAUGGAAAGCUCCUCGCAUCGGCCGAUGACCACGGGUCAAUCCUUCUUUGGGACCUGGCCCCAGGACGACUUCUCAAGCGCAUGCGCGGUCAUGGCAAGGGUGGCAUCUGGUCCCUCAGCUGGAGCGUCGAAUCGAAUAUUCUAGUCUCUGGCGGUGCUGACGGUACCGUCCGUGUCUGGGACGUGGCUGGUCCUGCACAGGAUCCGUCUCAGGGUCGGGUUGUCGGUGAGGGCGGCGCAGGAACCAAGGUCGACGGCGGCAAUCCCCCUGCAGCCAGCACACAAGCCUCCAGCUCCGUCGGACCUGGCAUUGGAAGCAAGAAGAAGGGCAAGGAUGUGGUCGUAACGCCUGACCAGAUCAGCGCGUUCCCGACCAAGAAAAGUCCAGUAUACAAGGUCAAGUUCACCAAUAUGAAUUUGAUCAUGGCUGGAGGUGCUUAUCUUCCUUGA